AUGCGGACAGAAACCGAUACGAAUCAUAUUAAUAAUUGCAAACAGAUUCCUAGAGGUCGACAUUUGCAUACAGAUGCAGAUGGAUACGAUACAACAGUGCUGCUUAUAGAAACAGGGAUUGACAGAGACAUUGAAAGUUUAGUACGAUCAUGUCCAGAAUAUGCACAAGUGCAGAACAACCUUGGAAAAGUUGAACUUCACCACUGGGAAGAUCCAGAAACUAAGUUUCAACGCGUUCACAUAGAUUAUGCCGAACCAUUUCAAGGAUACCAAUUCUUCAUCCUCGUAGAUGCUAAGUCUAAAUGGCCGGAGAUCAGGAUUACAAAUGGAGAUCCGACAUCUGCAUCAACCAUCUGUUUCUUGGAAAAUAUUUUCAGUUCACACGGAUCACCUGAAGUUUUAGUAUCUGAUAACGCUACAAUAUUUAAAAGCGAGGAAUUUACUAAAUUUUUUCGAAGGAAUGGUAUUUUUCAAAAAUUCAUUGCUCUAGGACAUCCAGCUACUAAUGGCCUUGCAGAAAGAUACGUUCAAAUUUUCAAAAAAAAGUUAAAAGCCCUGGAACAUGAAUCAGAUACUAUAACGUCAAAAACAGAAAAUAUCAUGUAUCGUUUUCGGGCUACACCAUUACAAUGUGGCAAAAGGCCAUCGGAACUCUAUCUAAAUAAACAAAUUCGAACCAAACUGGACUUACCAUAUCCUUCGAACAUAAGAUAG